UUCUCAUCUGUGUCUUACGUGAAUGUUCUGCUCUAGAUCGAGUGAAGAAUAAAGCAGAAAAACGGAACGCCAGUGAGAAAUUUAAAGCAAUAAGUUGGUCCAGACAAUGAUCCUCUUUACUCUGCUUGAACUUUUCCAUCUAUUGCCAGUUAUUGUCUCUCAGGCAGUGUACCCACAGACUCCAAUCAUUCAAACCGCCUCAGUUGGAAGUACAUGUAAGAUGCAUUGCCACACCGGAUGGCUCACAGCUGGAGCUGUUCACUGGUAUAAAUAUCAGCAAGGAAAACAUAUACAACUCGUUUUCACCGUGAUAAAACUUAUCCGUAAAACUGGAAGAUUUUCGGGAGAGAUUAAUGAAGAAGAGACUACUUAUACUCUUGUAAUUGAUGAUAUUCAAAGAAAUGAUUCAGGCAUUUACUACUGUGCUGCUAAGACAUUUAGUGGAACACCAUUCAUAUUUGGUAAUGGAUCUGAAUUAUUUAUUUUAGGUUCGCCAACCAUAACACUCUUGCAUUCGCCAUCAGAUGAAAUUCAUUCACGGCAAGUUAUCAGAUUGAUGUGCUUCGUGAGCAGCGUGCCCACUGAUUAUCUCACCAUUCGCUGGAAUGUUUCAUCACAGAAUAACGAGGAAUGGCUUGAUACCGAAGUAAUAAUUCUUGACGGGGUUUACAGUGUCAGCAGUCAAAUCAGAUUCAAAGCAAACAAGCACAGCAAUUGGUUUGAAUGUACUUGCUCAAUUCAAAUCAACUCAGCUGUAAAUCUUAUCAGUGAAAAUUACUCACAUCGGACAGAACCAGGACGUAACAUUUGCCUUUUCUUGCUUUGUGGAACAUCUAUUAUAAUGAUUCUGCUCCUUAUCGUUUCAACUACAUAUUCUAGAUGGAGCUGGACAAAUCAACACACGGCUGAUAGAUCCAAGAAUUACUACUUGUCAGAUUCGAGACAUCGUGACAAACAAAAGGAGACUCUUUAUGCUGACCUUGCAUUUACAGCGGAACAGACAAUCUGAUGUGAAACGAAACACUGCGUCAUCGAACAAAGCAAGAUAUGGAAAGUUCAUCUACAUCUCCUGUUUUUAUUUCGCAUUCAGAAAGAAGUAAAAUACGUUAUUAAGCGACAUUUAAAGCAAAUAUCCAUCAAUGUUAUUCUGUGCCAAUAUAGUUUGAUACAUACUAAUGCCAAAUGUGUAUGCAUGGAACCAGAAGAAUAGGCUCACAGCUAGAAUUCGUGACUGAAAUUUUACCAUUUUCAUAAAGACUAUUCACUUUC